AUGCACGGCUUAGAAACUGGGAAAGCUGUUCAAGUUUAUGAUCAGAAAGAAGAGGUUGCUUUAGAAGAACUAAAAAAUCGGCUAAGAGUUGGUGAGAAUGCAUCUAAGAAGGUAGAAUCAAGUUCUGGAGAGGAGUCAGAUAUCCACAAUGGUGUCUGGUAUUCUGCAAUGGAAGAGUUCCUGCUGCGUUUCCUCCGCUCCAAGAAUUUUGAUGUGCUGGGGACCAUUGAAAAGUUAAGACAGCGUCGGAGUUUUGAAAAAACGUUACCUGGUAUUAGUAUUACGCCAGCUGUGACUUCGAUCCUCCGAAGUGGAGCUGUGAGUGUGUUAGGGAAUGAUUUCGAAGAUUCGCAGGUAUUGUUGGUCAACCUUGAGGACCUCAAAAUUCCAGUACUGGAUCCUAGUGAAACCCAGCGGUUGUUCAUCGUUUUGCUGGAAUACAUGCAAUCGCUUUGCAUGAUGACUAAACCGCCGAGAUUGGAUGUUGCAGUGUCAGAGUCAUGUCCGACAGACACUCCGAUUGGAAACGUUUAUCGGUCGUACAUCCACACGAAUACUGGAAGUGGUGCCCCUUCAAGAAGUCAGAAAUUGACGCUUCUUGUUAACAAAAGCGACGCCCCUUUCGAAAUUUACUCGUCUGUAUUCAGUAAAAUCACUGCACUAUCUACCAUCCUCGAUAAAUACUAUCCUUGUUUCCUAAGUCGUGUACUUGUGCUUGAAUCUGACCUUUCUGCUCGUGAAAGCUUAGAUGUGAAUCUAAAACAUUGGCUGGGGAGCAUGAAUUGUGCGGUGCAUGUGGUGGACAUCAGUGCUUUGAAGUGCUUUUUGCCUGAGAAAAUUAUUCCGGAGAGCCUUGGAGGUACGGAGCCACACCAAAACAGUGUUGUAAGUUUUCCAGAGGCAGUUCUACAGCACUGGGACGCGCUGACAUCCACUAUUAAACAUCAAACUAAAAUAACUCAGGGGGGUUAUAGUAUUGGUGUAAGCCCUACCGACGCAACAGAUUAUUUAGCCAGCUCAUCCUGGCCCUUAUAUCUCUCCCCGCUGUUCGCGAUGAGUCCUAACUAUUUUAUAGAUAUCCAGCGUUCCUUAGGCAUGCAUGCUGGGUCGUGCGGGAUAAAUCUGCCGAUUGAUCUGCAUGGCAUUAACUUUGAAACCGCACUGAAAGAAUCCCCAACCUCUGUAGAGUCCUCACUGGAAGUGGUUUCCACGCUAUAUUCGAUUGGUCCGAGGCCCCCCUUGCGAAGCUCGCAUCUACCGACCGACGACAGCAUCUACUCCUUUUCUAGUGGAGACAAUAGAUACGAUGGCUUCCAUUUUAUCAAUCGCCCUGAGAUCAAGGAUGACCUGUAUAAAGGUGUCCUACCUGAAGAAUUUAUGGGUACCAGAGAACUUGAACGGAUUAGAGAGGACCCGGGGUAUGCUGUCCAAGCACUGAAAUGCGAGCGUGAUCGCCGCCUUGCGGCUGAGCAGAGGCUGUACAUGGCAGAGGUUGGCUUCCAUCUUGACCCCCAUCAUGCCAGUCCUGUUGAACGUCGUCUAGCGGAGCUGCAUCAGGAACUUAACUUACUCGCCACAGACGUCCUGUCGCGUGCGAAGGCCGCUAGCGAAGGACAAGAACCCCCGAGCCUGGUUCAGCUUCUAGAUUAUACGUUGACGGCGCUCGAGACGGCGGCGAAUCUGCCAGAGGAAGUUUCCAUCGCUUCGCUAAUGGAGCCUAGACAAAGGGAUCCGAAUAUAUCAGGCUGUUGUUUCAUGAUGUAA